AUGGCCUUGACCGGUGUCGUGAAGAAGUAUGACACCGCAAAGGGCUUCGGCUUCAUUGUUCCCACUGGCACGAGCACGGACCUGUUUGUGCUUCGCACAGAUGUUAUUGGUGGAACUCUGCAAGCUGGAGACAAGGUCAACUUCGAUGAGGGCUUGAACGAUCGAACCGGCAAACCAAAGGCCAUCCGCGUUACCGGAGGAACUGGACCUGCACCAGGUGGCAAAGGAGAUUCAGGUGACGGAGAGAAAGGCCCCAAAGGAGGCGGCAAAGGCAAGCGAGGUGACAAGGGCAAGGGAGGAUCAAAACAGCAGCUGCCAGGAGCUUUGAAUGGAGGCUUGAUUGCAGGGCCCGUUCCCGGAGGGUGCGGAUGUUGCGGCUGCCCGGCUCCUUGCGGCUUGAUGCUGGGCGGUGGAGGCUGCAGCCUUGGCGGCGCAGGAAAAGCCCCGAUGCCUGGUGGUUGCGCCGGCUUGCCGGACGGUGUAAAGUCCGGCAUCGUGAAGUUCUUCCACGAUGAAAAGGGCUUUGGAUUUAUUAAGCAGGAUGAUGGUGGCAAUGACCUCUUCGUCCAUCGCAAUGAUGUGAUCGACACCCUGCUGAAUGAGGGUGAUCAAGUGCAGUACAGCGAGGCGGUUGACAACAGAAGUGGACGAAUGAAGGCUCACCAGGUCACUGGUGGCACAGGUGCCCCCAAGCCACCGCAGGAGAAGGGAAAAGGAGGCAAGGGAAAGAAAGGGAGCAAGCGCAAUGUGCCAAGCGAUCCCGGCCUUCCCAAUCCCAUGCCAACGAUGCCUGACGUCCCUUCCCAAGAUACCUCUUCUCUGUCUCAGAAAAUGCCGGGGAACCUGAAUGCACUCUCAGACCCUGCAAUGUUCGGAUGCGCGAAUCCCGGCAUCCUUAUGGGCAAGGGUGGAUUUCCGGGAGUUUCCGGCGCGUGCGGCUGCAACCCUUGCAGUGGCUGUGACGCUCAGAAGAUGGGCUGUGCCUGUGGAGGUUGCGGUUGCGGAGGGCUUUGUGGAGGCUGUGGGUGUGGAGGUUGCGGAGGUUGCGGAGGUGGCUGUGGCGGCUGCCCAGGGUGCGGCAGUGCCUGCGGAGGUUGCGGAGGCUGCGGGCAAUGCAUGGCAGGCUGCGGAAGCCUCCAGAUGAGUGGGAACAGCUGCAAUGCCGGUGGCUGUGGAUGUGGCGGCUGCACCAGUGGCAACGCAUGCAACGCCACCUGCAACGCAGGAGGUGCCGGCAGCUGCAACAUGCCGAGCAGCUGCUGCGGUUGUGGAGGUUGUGGAGGUGGUUGUUCCGGGUGUUGUGGUGGCUGCGGCUGCAACGCUGGCUGCUGCGGUUGCGGAGGUUGCUGCCCAAACUUCAACGCAUGCGGCUGCUCCGGUGGGGCCACUGCGGGCCUCGGUGCAUGCCUUGCGCCGAACAACUUCGAGGAAGACUUCGAUGCCUCAAGCAUGACAAUGUGCCGUGGGGCGGCCUUUAGUGGCCUAAGCGCUGCCAGCCCCACGACACCCUGCAGUGCAGGUGGCUGCAGCACUGGGCCAUGCGGUGGCGUUGGUCCAUGUGGCCCGAACUGGGAGGGCAACCUGCAAGGGAAGGCGGCCAUGGCAGCUUUCCCAGGUCAGGAUCCCCAACGCAACAGCGCUUGCUUUGCUCAGCUGAUGAACGUCGCAAAUCUCAGCGGAGUUGCGCCCAGUGGAGUUGCGAACCCCAAUCCAAGCUCUGGUGACAGGUUUCCAGCCGGUGGCGCAGGCUCGAUGGCCGGAUCUUUCAUGCAGGGUGGAGGCGACAACAACAUGCCAGGUCCCUGUUUCAGCAACAAUGCAGGAUCCGGCGGAACCCUGAAUGCUGCAAUGUAUGAAAGGCUAGCCUCGGCCACGGGCGGUGGUGGAGGAAGCUUUGAAGACUACGCCGUCUAUGGUGGCCAAGGAUCAAACAACCUCGCAGCUCGAGCCGCUGGCUGCUUUUCAAACUUGGCAGGUCCAUGCUCAAACCACGGGUGA